GUCGCAAAUUAAUCAGGUGAUCAUCUCACGUGACCGCACAUUGACAGUCAAAGAAGUAGCUGAACGAGAGCUAAGCAAAGUGCAGGCAACUCCUCUAGUUCCUCGCUUAAAACUUCACAAAGACAUGGGUCAACAAGGCUCCAGUUUUCGACUUAUACAAAGGGAAAGUUGACCUCUCGCAGACCUCUCCCCUGCCCGGCCCAAACCAAAAUGGAGCCGCCGGUCGGGCACCCCUUUGGCUGCGAGGCCGAGACGUCGCUACGGGCCCUCUUCGACUACUUCAAGCGUUGCCUGAGGUGCGGCGAGUGGGAGCUGGCUAGCGCUUGCGUUCCGCAGCUGGUCACGUCCGCGGGGGGCAUCUCUGAGAAAGUGCGGGAGAUUAUCAAAGCGGUCGUGUGCCAUCCUUACAGUUUAAAAUGGGAGUCUGUAGGCAGUCCACACAAGCUGGCCUGGUUUUGGCUCCAGAUUUUGGAACGGGAGACUGAGGAGCGGAUCUCUCCCAGUGUCAGAAGUGAGUUAGAGUUCCUUCUCCUGCUGGAGCAUCUGUGUUCUGAGGGUAUCGAAGAGGCUCUUCUCAAGCAGGUACAUGAGGCUUUUAUGGGCACACAAAGCACAAAAGUUUCAACUUCAACCUAUGCCGCCGUGGAGCGUUGUCUGCUUACAUUGCUGGAGAAGAAGAGGCCCCGAUUUGCACAAUCACUUGCACAUUUUUUGCAGUCAAGUAUAGACGAUGCACCCUUGCAGCAUGUCUUCAUCCGCCACCUACUGACCAAACUAGGAAAGCCCGGGAUAAGUCCAGAGCUGCGAGACGAGUGGGAAGAGGAGAUCUACUCCGUGUUGGCUGUAAUGCCACAGCAUCCCGGCGGAGUUAACGACCAAUUGGAGGCGUUGUGUGAGACGCUGUGGGCGUCCAGAGAUGGGCCCCUGAAUGAGGAGAGGGUCCUGAGCUCGCUGCUUCGGCCACGGUCCGAUGCGCUGGUCUCGGCCUACUGCUCGGUCGCUUUGAGGCUGCGGCGAGAUUUCCUGCUGAGAGGCGCACCUGAGACACAAGCUCACCUGCCUGAGGCGGAGAACCUGGCACUCAGCCUUUGCUGUCAUCACAACCGGUUGUCCGCAUGGAAGAUGAUCUACUUUGAGUGCCUCAGCAGUGGGAAGCACUUCCUGGAGCAGGUCUUGGUUACGGCGCUAGACCUGAUAAAACAUGAGGAGUUUUCUCAGCUAAGGGACAUGUUGCACUCAGAGUUCCGGCCUCUCUGUCGUCUGCUGCUGCUCCUGGGGUGGUCUCAGUGCAGUAGUCUGAGCUCGGCUCACGUGCUGCUCGACGUCCUGCAUCACCAGCAGCCGUCAGUCAAUGACUCAGUCCUGCAGGACUUUGCCAACCUUUUGUCCUCACAGCUUGGGAUACUGGAGUGGUGUAAAAACAACAAUCCUAGUGUUCCCAAAGAGGCGUUGCUGGGUCAGCUACACAGUCUGGAAAAUCACUCAGCCCUCUACAUUUUGCACACUUUGACACCGCUGGCCCACUUUGAAGAGCGACGCAUUCUUGAUCUGCUCCAACUAAUGCCAAAUCCAGGAAGUGACACUGAGGCCAUCUUGAGUCCUGGGGCGCAAAGGAGCGUCAUUCUGUUCCGCGGGUUCUGUGCCAUGAAGUAUGCCAUUUACGCACUAUGCGUCAACGCCCACAAGAGCGUGGGAUGCGGCCAGUGUCAAGCCAAGAGACAAAAAGACGCUUGGGAGGGGACGGAGCCAAGCCUUGCCACAACUUCAUCAGAAGAUUACCAGUCGCUGUUUCAGCACUACCUGUCCGAAUGCCAACUGUACUUGGAGUCCGUGCCUGUCUUGUUCCGCCUGGAGCUGCUGGAAAACAUCUUCUCGCUGCUUUUCCUCUCCAGCACUGACUUUGCUCCACAAAGCCCCAAGGAUGAGACCGCAAGAAGCCCGGCCUCGAAGGCGAUCGAGACUCAGACUGAUGAGGAACCCGUGAGUGCACGUCCCUCUGACCCGGAUCUGUCACACCUCGUCCAGGGCUGCGAGGGAUUCCUGGCGGAUGUGAUGGCCUUGGAGGGUUUUUUAAAGUUGCUCAAAGAGGGCUUGGAGGGCAUGUGCGUGUUGGGCCAGCAGGAGGGACAGGAGACGGGUCGAGCGCUCUACGGGGAGGCAGAGGUGGCUGAGAGCCUAGGUUGCUCCGUGGCAAGCGGGACCUUCGGUGCUCGCCUGCAGAGGUUGUCCAAGCGCACCGCUGAGGCGCAGUGGAGGCUGCAGAUCAUCACCAGUAAUCACAGCAGCGGAAGCGCAGGUUCAGAGGGGUGGAGGAAAAACAAAAAAAGUGGGAGACUGGCCUCAAUUGCGAAGCAAGAUGGAAUCAGCACCAGUUCAGACUGGCUGAUCCCCGCCAUGUUGUCACCUCCGGAGUCUCUCCUCGUAUCCUGCAUCCGGUGCGGUAACUUCAUGGAGGCCCAUCAGGUGUCACUGGUGUUCGACCUUGAGGCAUCGGCAUCCUGCGGCGAGCUGGCCUUUAUGGAGCGUUAUAAGGAAAUCCUGGCUGAACUUGGCCAGGUGGAGCAGAAGAUGGAGAGCCAGUCAAUGUCAUCGUCUUCGUCGUCCUCAGAGGGCCUGUGCACGGGUUCGGUUGGCGGGGCAGCUCGCAGCCGACUGGGCAGCAGCGGACUAUCCACCCUCCAGGCUAUUGGAAACGCCGCAGCAGCAGGUGUGGCCUUCUACUCCAUCUCCGACAUAGCAGAUCGCCUACUCAGCACGCCGGCCUAUCCGCUCCCUUCCCUCCAGGAAGACUACUGGACUAACCAGUGCUCGCUGGAGCCAUCCCGGCCGGUGAGCACACUGCUGGAGGAGCUCAGUCCCCCCGCCAUGGCAGCCUUCGACCUAGCAUGCUGCCACUGCCAGCUUUGGAAAACGUCUCGGCAGCUGCUGGACACGGCUGAGCGUCGCCUUAGCAGCAGUCUGGAGGCUCGGGGUGUGCGAGUGGACCCCAAAGUUCCUCGUCCUGAGAACAUCUUUGGAUUUCCUCUGCUUUUACAGCAGAUCAGCAAGAUUCUCAAUCAUCCCACGACAAGCAAGAGCUCAGUCAAGAUGACUGAGAGUGCGGCGGGUGAAGAACAGGUGCUGGCCAGCCCUUUUGGCUGUUGCAUCCAGGAGGUGUUGCUGUGCUGCCACCCAACGCUGAGUGAGGAGUGCAUCGCUGCCAGACUUGCUCUGAUGCAACGCUUAGAUAGCACUCUGUCCAACCUAAGCUCUGCCACCAAUGUAGCAGAGGGCGUUGCAGCAUCCUCAAGCUCCCUCGUGGCACUGUUGUCGGAACAGGCCAGCCUGAAGGCGUCCGAAGUGGACGCUCACCCGGCGCGUUCCGGCAUCAAGCAGCUGUUGAGCUCACUGGACCAACUGUGCCCCUUUGAGCCUGACGGAGACUUGGCCAGGCCUGACUUUGUUCGCACGUUUCUGCACUAUGUCGACACACUGGCAGACCUGUUGGUGCGCAGCCUCGGAUCAGAAGACCAGGCAAGUGAGGUGAAGCUGGGGAAUCCGUUACCGGUGUUGCUUCAAGCUCCGUCGCAGCUUCUUUCCAACCUGCUGUUUGAGCGUCAGGUUUCUCCUGACAGGCUACUCUCGCUUCUGAGGGAGGCAGGCCUUGGCCUCAGCGUCCAGCAGGUGAUCAUCCAGAGAUGCUGCAAGGUCCUGCCUGUGGGGACCACCUUUCCAGACCAGGACAAGGAUUGCGUUCCGGCUAGGAAAGACGACAUUUUGUUAAGCUUGCCCACUUUGAUGUCGUUACUCCAACGCCACGCCAUUGAGCACGCCUCCACGCUCGCCAUGGCCGAGCUUUCGCCCGACGCUAGCUUUGAGUCAGUCUCUUCGGAGGACAACUCCACCGCCAGUUACGCUUCCACUGCCUCGCCAUCCACUUUGUCCCCGUCUUUUCUGCUUACGCCGUCCGCCCUAACAUUCCUCAAAUCUCGCUCGCCACUCAUGGCGGCUCUGGUGUGUCUGAGCGCUUCAAAAGGCGAGAGCACUCGUACUCAGCCCUCAGGCUGGUCGGGGUACUUCCGCAGCGGACGCAAAGAGCCGCUGCUGGAUGGCGAGCAGAUUUCCCGUGAGGCCGAUGCCCUCCUCCUGGCUUUCCCCGUGCUGCGAGCAUACCUGGGCAGCAUGAUCGAACCCGUGCUGGGCCCAGCCUUGUCUGACGACGAAGGGCUCGGCACAAGAGUGUGUGGAAAACCUCUGUUCGGGCUCCUGUUUGCCGGACCUUGGGAUGACUCCGCGCGGAAUGUCGCAGUCGACGCCUUUCGACAGACGCUGGCUUCCAAGGAUGUGGACAGAGCGCUGCGGCUGUUGGAACUGUACGGACCGAGCUGCGGCCAGCAGGGGGAGCUUAGGGACCGCCUGCUAGCCUGGGCUGCCUUAGAAGGUGACGAGGAAGGCAUCGGCCACCUGUUUCGGGUGCAGGACACCAACCUGCGUGCUCGCGUGGCUCUACAGGCCAUGGAUCGCUGGCCGCUCCCUGCCUGCAUGGACCUUCUGGACUUUUGCCUGGACGAGGACACUGAAGCCUCACUCAGAGUCGACCUGCUACAAAAGAAGACGGAGCUGGACAUCUACAGCCAGAUGUUAGCCUUACAGCCGCCGUUGCCGUGGGUUACGUGGCAGGAGCUGAGGGUCGAGUCACAGGCUAGCCCAGAGUCCAUGCUAGCCCAGAUGUUGGGGGCUAAGGCGUUUUCACUUUGUGCCCAGUGGGCCAAGCUUUAUUCUGUGAGCGAGCAGUCGAGAUUGCAGCUGCAGACAGAGCAUCUGCUGCAUCUGCUGGACAAAGAACAGACAGACGAAGCCUUCCAGCUUCUUGAGGGUCUAGCUUGCGGCCUGGAAGUGUGCGAGCGCGCCUUGGACUGCCGGCCCGGUUUAGCCGCCUGCCACUUCCUUGCCGACUACGUGACACUGCACUUCCAGAGGCAGGUGUCGCCGGCACGCCGACGCCACAUCCACACUCUCAACCUGGGCUCCAAGCUGUUGUUGGCUCUACCGCCGGCCGCCCGCCAGGACUACUUUCCCCUGCUGUCGGAGCCGCUGCUCAUGCUGGAGCAGAUGCUCAUGAACCUGAAGGUCGACUGGGCCGAGGCGACCGUACGCACGCUGAGGAGCUCGCCCGUAGGCCAAGAGGCGGGCUUCGGGCCAGACGCUGUCGACAAGCUCUUGGACGAGUACGCCCACAAGGCCUUGGACUUCACGUGCGCCCCCAGGGAGAGGACGAGAUCUGACUCCAUCAUCAGUCUACAGGAGGCUUUGAUGCAGUGUCCCGCACAGGACAGCGGCUCCCUCUUGUCCAGCCGUCUCGAUUCUCCAACCCCAUCCUCCGCAAGACUUUUUUUCUACCCGGUAGGCAGCACACCCACACAUACGUCCUCGACAAACAGCGGCGAAAGAGAGCGGGACCGAGGCUCGGCGGGAAGGAAGCGGGCCUCGCCCGCCAAAUUCCAGCCGCCGGAUCGGCCCCCGGAUCGCAAGGACUGGGUGCCCGAUACUCAGCAGCACGUGUGCAUGGUAUGCCGACGUGAGCGCUUCACUAUGUUCAACCGGCGGCAUCACUGUCGCCGUUGUGGCCGCUUGGUAUGUCAAACUUGCUCGGAACGCAAGAUGGCCGUUGAGGGCUCUCCUGGUAAUGAAGUUCGAGUGUGCGACCAGUGUUACGCCUUCUUUCACCCAGAUUCUGAUGAUGAGCUGGAACCAGGUGAAGUAGCGGGGAGUCCCGUCAUGACAGAGGACGCCCUUAAUGGCAUGUUGCACCUGCCUGAGAUGGCCCCCAGGCAGAUCAGGCUCUCCACAGAUCCCGCCGAAAACCAGCAGUUGCGUAACGACUUCUACUACGAGCAGGCACCCAGUGCCCAGCUAUGCGUCACCAUCUUGUCCCUGCACGGCGAUCAAACGGCGUGUGGCCAUCGGCUCAUAGAACACUGCCGUUCACUCUCCCGCAAGCUUACCAAUCCCGAGGUGGACGCCUGCCUGCUGACCGACAUCAUGCGGCGGCUGCUCUUUAGCGCCAAGCUUAUGUUCGUCAAGGUGGGACGCAACCAGGACCUGGCUUUGUGCGACAGCUAUAUCAGCAAGGUGGAUGUGCUAAAGAUCCUGGUUGCAGCUAAUUACAAACAUAUUCCCUCGCUGGACGACAUCAUCGAGACAUUAGCCGUCACGCGGCUCCGGAACCAGCUUUUAGAAACAGAGUAUUACCAGCUGGCAGUGGAGGUGUCCACCAAAAGCGGCCUGGACCCCGGUGCCGUGUGGCAAGCAUGGGCCAUGGCCUCGUUGAAGGCCGGCUACCUGACUGUGGCGCGGGAGAAGUUUGCGCGCUGCCUCAAGGCCCCCGUGGACCGCAAUCAGAUGAGCAUGGGUCCCACAUUGUUGCAGGAGAUUAUCAAGCACCUUGAGACAACAGUCAGACCUGCCACGUCUUUGAGUGAGGACAUUUUAGCCACGCUGCAGGAGCUGGAGGAAGUCCUCAGCGAGCGGUCAGAGUUCCCGAAGGGCGUCCUCCACCAGGAGUGCCUUUACUACCUGAACGCAUACGGCACUCACCUGGCGCUGGUCAGCUUCUACAUGCGCCAUGACGCCAUGACAGAGGCGCUGUCAUAUCUUCUUGACAAGGAUGCCCCAGAGGAGGUGUUCCUUGAGGGGGUACUGCAACCAGCCUUGGAGCGAGGUCGUCUGGGUAUGUUGCAGGACGUACUAGAGAAGUUGGACCCGGGCCUGGAAGCUUGCACCCGCUACCUGAUUGCCUCCUGCCAGUGGCUGCAGCGGCGUGGCUACUUCCACACGCUCUACCAGAUCCAGCAGUUCAUGACGGAUCACGUACGUGCGGCCAUGACCUGCAUCCGCUUCUUCACACAUGGAGCUACGUCAUACCAGCAGCUAGGUGACCAACAGCGCUGGUUAGUGAGAGCCAAAGAGCACCUGAGGACAUAUCUGCAGGAGCAGCAGUGUCGUGGUAGUGUCAGGAGGAAGUCGGCCCAAGGGGGCUCCUUCAGAAAAAUGAUGUCAUCAAGCGACGUCUCCAGGCACAUGAAUACCAUCGAGCUGCAGCUGGAGGUCACCCGCUUCUUGCACCGUCGCGAGUCGCCGCCCACUGCUGGGUCUGGACCCCCGCCCACAUUGUUUGGCGGGAGCCCAGUGAAGGCGGAAGUGGCCUGCAAGGUGAUGCUCGGGGGUAAAAACAUCGAAGAAGGUUUCGGCAUCGCUUACCGAGUCAUACAGGACUUCCAGCUGGAGGCACAGACGGUGUACGUGAGAGCCGGACAGCGCCUGGUCCGCCACAGGAAGUUUGGAGCCGUGCGUCAGCUGCUCAAGUGUGUCAGAGAGUCGGGCACGGCCACCAAGAGCGACAGCGACGAGCUGGUCCUCAGCUGUGUGGAGGCAGCGGAUAAAGGAGCGGCUGACGCCAAAGAGGUAGAAAGUCUCAUUCUGGAGACCAAGAGCACGGAAAUCAAGAUCAAAGCUUACCUGCUGUGCAACAAGCUGCGUCCAGCCUACCUUCUCGCCGUCAAAAUGGAGGCAAGCAGGGCCGGCCCGCUGGUGCAGAGGGUCUUGCGGGAGGCUGAGGGGGCUAAGGACUCAGUGAUGCAGAACAUCUGCUGCCAGUGGCUACAGGAGCACCACCACCAAGGUGACGGCAAGCAACGGGCGGGAUCAGGAGGACCUAGGAACCAGGCCAGGUAACGGAUAUUGGAUUCCUGAUUGAAGAGUACCAACUGUAUUAACUCUCUGGCUGCCAUUGACUGUGAUGAACGAACCAGAGUCUGAGACUGCAUUUAAAUUGGCCACUAUGUAACUUAACUAUUACUACCUAAACUAAGGAAACACCUCAACAGAAGAAGAACAUCAGAACUUCCUAUUCUAACAGCUUUAAUUUUUUUCAAAAUUUACUUGCUGCCAUUUUUUGCCAGUUGACGUCAAAUCCAUUCGCUGCCAGCCACUCCCGCCUGAAUGGAUUUAACAUCUAUUGCUGUCAAUAGCAGUGAAUGAGUUAAUAAUCCUUUGAAACCCAAUUACAGUACUGUGACCACUGUUACAUAACACUGCUUACUGCAGUGCACUUGCGUCACUCUUUUGACAGAGUCAAUCACUACCUCACCUAAAAAGGGAAUUAUAUCUUGCCUUAAAGACCUCUUGAAAAAUAAAGCACGUGGACAUAAGUAUUGGGACACACACAGGAAGUGCAACAUUAAAACUUCCGAUGAAAUGUCUGAUAUUGGCCUCAAAUAUGAGUCGUCCGGAAAUGUUGUGAAAGAAAAUCACACACUCGUGAAGUAAAUUUGUUGAUCCCCAGAUGUUUUUGCAACAGUAAAUUUCUGGAGAAAAUUUGCCCUUGUAAGUCAUAUUAAAAAAAAAAAACACAGAACUAAAUUUAGUUCAUGAGUGUGGGAUAUUUUUCUUUCCAUAAAAGAACAUUUUGAAAUGAAAUAUGAUUUAUGAUUGUAGUUCACCUACUACAACAUCUUUCUACAAAUUUGCCAUUUCAUGUGUUUUGGAACAUUUUGAUCUCUAUACGUGCCCACUUGAACAGUUGUUUUUAAGCUUUCAAAACUCAAAAGUUUGAAAAAUGAAAUCGCGUCUACUUCAGUUUUACUCAUUAAUAUUAAAUUAUUUAGUGUUAUAUCGAUACCAUUUUUUUGGCUACCGAUACAAUUCUGCUACCCGACUGUGUGGUAUCAACCGAAGUCGAUACUGUACAAAUACCACAGAUUUUGAAAACGUACCAUUUUUUUCCUUUCAUUACUAAAUUACUGCAUACUCACUUAAAUGUAAAAUAAUUGUGAUCAUGGCUUGGUCAGACAGUGCUUAACAACCUCUGUGUGCCUACCUGAUACAGGUGACAAUAAAUAAAUGAACUUAUUUAAAACAUGAAACUUAAAAUGCUCUCAAGGGCCAAAAUAUUGUUUUAUUAACAUUAGUUCAAUUUGGUUUUAAGUCUGAUACCCAUAUUAAAUCCACAGUCAGUGCCAUUAUACCACAUUAUGACAUUAUCUUAGCUCACUUUAAUGCGGUAUCGGGGCCCCUUCCGAUACAAGUAUCGGUGCAAUACCAGUUUAAUUAAUGAAUGGAUUUCAAAAUAUGUCCCAUUACUUUUGUCCAUACGACAACCGACUUUUAAAGUUAGAAUUUUCAAGGGAGUUGCUCGAAAAAUAUGCUGUGGAUGAAUUUUAGUCUUCAAAAAUGCUGAAAUCAAAAGCAGAAUUGAUUUUGAUUUUUUUCUUUGACAUCUCUCGUGUUGUGAUCAUAUUUAUUAUUUCCCUGGCUGACACUCAUUUUAAAAUCACCUUUAAUGCAAAAAAACUGACUCAACAGUGAUUUCGCUUUUAAAGGGACCCCCCCUCCCUCCCUUGUUGCUGCCUUUUAAUCACGAUUUCAUAAAAAGCCACUAUUGAGAUGCACCCGUGACAAAAUUGCACUCUCAUCAGCUCACUGCCGCACUUUAUAAAUUUCAUAAUCCUCUUUGAAUGUGGCACGUUAUUAUUUUUUUGACGAUGAUGAUGCAAUCAAAUGUGAUUUUUCUAAUGUUUUUUUGAUUUGUUUGCUAAUUAAGAUAAAUAAAAACUCAUGAUGUCCAACUCACAAAAACGGGAUUUGAACAAGGAUGACUGAAUAAAAUAAGUCACAAGGUUCCAUUGGCGACGGUUUAUUUACAUGAAAUGUAAACAUUCAACUCUGCACUUGAACGUUACGUGUGGUUAACUCACUGGUUGCCAUUGACGGCGAUAGAUGUCUAAUCCGUUUUGAAAGGCUGGCCAGCCCCUCUCAGUCCGAACGGAUUGGACGUCUAAUCGCCGUUAAUGGCAGCCAGUGAGUUAAAAAGGCAAACGAACCUCGCUGGUAUAAAAAGCACUCAUGUAAACUCUUGUUCUACUCUAUGGACUGUUUUCUGUCAUUACCAUAAAGUCACACGUAGCUUACUAAUUGUUUGGAUCCACCUUAAGAAAAAAGCCCUGCGAGAUUUUGGCACACAUGUGAAGCGCUUGUAGCUGCAAAUAUGCUCAGAAAUAAGACAAAAUAUAGGAUAAAUCACCUAAAAGAUGCUGGUCGUUUUACCCUGCUUGGACCGCUAACAGUACAGCAAGACUUCCAGCUGUCCUGCUUUCACAUUGACCUCCGUCAAGUUGCCCCCCAUCAGAUACAAAUUUAUAUAAAAAUGAUGUCAAUCAUUGGUGCUUGUUUGUGCUGUAAAAAGUUUUGUUUGUGCUGCUAUCAUUUCAAUAUUUGCAAUUCUUUUAAUAGGUCAAAAUGAGUUCAAGCAGCCUCCCAUUUUCAUUAAAAAUGGUGUCAAACUUUAUUCUUCAUUUGUGUUGUAAAACAUUUCGUUUGUGUUGCUAUAUUUUUAUUGGUCGGUUUGAGGUCAAGCAGCCUCCCAUUUUGUUUAAAAACUGCUAAAAAUGGUGUAAAUCAUUUGUGCAAUCGCAGCUCCUCCGUCAUGGAUGACUGAGAGUACCAACUCCCUCAAUAACAGAGGGGGGCGUCCCAAAAACUAGCCCAAACGUAGCAUAAAUGAAUGGCAUCCCUUCUGGUCUAUUUUGCAGUAAAUGGGAGGGCUCCGAGUGACAUCACUCGAAAUUAAUGUCUCAAUAUCUAUAAAAUGAUAGCAGCACAAACGAAUUGUUUUACAGCAUAAACAAAUGGCACCAUUUCGGGUCCAUUUUCCAAUAAAUGGGGGGGCUGCGUGACGCCAUCACUCGAAAUUAAUAUGUCAAAAACGAUAACAGCACAGACUAAAAUUUCUGUAGCACAAAUGACUGACACCAUUUUUAAUCAAAAUGGGGGCUGGUUGACCUCUGAUUGAGUUAUAAAAUUGUUAAUAUCUCAAAACCGGUAACGUCACAAACGAAUGACCUAAUAUUUUUAUAAAUUUACGUCUGAUAGGGGGCCAACUUCACGGAGGUUUCACAUUGUAUCAUUAAAAUGUAGUUUGUUUUUUUGCUUGAAAAAUAUCACACUAUAUCAAGAAAUACGAAACAGUCUUCAAUUAUUCCCACUGGAUGCCAAGGAGCUCGCAGCUGGCGUCCCAGAGACGCCGAGCGGUCUCUUCACUUCUCCCCUGGGGGGCCACAAAGGCAGGGGCACAGUCACUGCAACGCAACAAAGAUGAAGUUUGCACUCAAUAUUUGACCCAUUAUUUCUGUUUCCUGUAUUGUUGGGCUUGCAAUGGCAGCCACUGAGUGCCUUACAAAAUCUGACGUUAAAGAGUAAAAAUGACUGUAUUUUGGGAAUCGGCACGCCAAUUUUAUUUUUGAUCAGCAUAAAUAUGUAACUAAGGUUUAGGUUGUUUUUUUUUUUCAUUUGAAGUUGUUGCCUGCCCACAGAGUUUGAUGAGCCAAUGACAUAAAAUUAUUUCAUGCGGCCACACGGGGAACACGAGUGCAAAAAUGAAAUAAAUAGUGAAAUUUUAAAAAUGUUAAAAUAAAUAAAUAUACAAUAUAUUAAUUAAUAAAAAUGGAAAUAAAUCUUGAAAUAAAAUGAAAAAUUAGUAAAAAUUGAAAUAAAUAAAAAUUGAAAUAGAAGCAUUCUAAUGACGCUUUUAAUUAUUUAUAUUAAUUUAAAAAAUAUUUUUUUUAAUUAAAGAAAAUGAAAAAAAUUAUUUAAAAAAAAUAAAAAAUUUACACUCCUGGUCCACCAUAGGAAUGGCCCUUGACCAAUCUUGGGGAAAAUAAAAUUAUUUCAUGUGGCCACACGGGGAACAAGAGUGCAAAAAUGAAAUAAAUUGUGAAGUUUUAAAAAUGUUGAAAUAAAUAACUAAAAAUUUAAAUAAAUAAAUUUAUUAAUAAAUUAAAAUGGAAAUGUUGAAAUAAAAUAAAAUGAAAAAAAUAAAAAUGGAAAUAAAUAAAAAUUGAAAUAGACGCAUUCUAAUGACACUUUUAAUUAUUUAAUUUUUAAAAAU